UCCGGCGGGGCGGGAGCUCGCUGGAUGAUUUCCGGCGGGGCGGGCGAAGUCGCGGCGAUUCUGCUUUGGCGGCGGCGGCGGCGGCGGCGUAAUGACCACGCUCCGGGCCUUCACCUGCGACGACCUGUUCCGCUUCAACAACAUUAACUUGGAUCCACUUACAGAAACUGUAUCCUUUUUUAAAAAAAAAAAAAGUUAAAUGAAGGCUUACUAAAAGGAAAAUAGAGAAACAAAGGAAAAAAAUAGACUAGUACUGAAAAACUUUAAAACCUUUAGAUCUGGAAACAUCAUAAACAACAUUGUAAGCAAUUUAAAUAAACAGGGAAGAAGAUUUGUCUUAAACUUGCCUAACAAGUUGCUAAUAUGGUGACCUCAUAAACCUGUAACAGUACAGCUACACUGCCCAGCUUCCCCUCAGUAGUAUGGGUGUACACAACAGAAAGUAGUGAGUUCAGCAAGAUGGGUUAUUUCUGUGUGUUCUGAAUGAAGUCUAGAAAUGAUGAGCAGUCUAGGGCAGGUGGUGGUUCCAUGUAGUCACCAGUGACCAGGUUCUGCACUUGAACCACUCUGCCAUUCCCAGGGUGGCCUUGGCCUUCCUAUUCCAUGGCUGCCAGAGCAGACAGCAUCACAUCCAUGUUGCUGGCAGAAGGAUCAACAGAGGGGAAGUAUCUUGCCCAUUGGCCAGAGUAUUUCAUUGUUGCAGAGGCACCUGGUGGAGAGUUAAUGGGCUAUAUUAUGGGUAAAGCAGAAGGCUCAGUUGCUAGGGAAGAAUGGCAUGGGCAUGUCACAGCUCUGUCUGUUGCCCCAGAAUUUCGACGCCUUGGUUUGGCUGCUAAACUUAUGGAGUUAUUAGAGGAAAUCUCAGAAAGAAAAGGUGGAUUUUUUGUUGAUCUCUUUGUAAGAGUAUCUAACCAAGUUGCAGUCAACAUGUACAAGCAGCUGGGCUACAGUGUAUACAGGACGGUCAUAGAGUACUAUUCAGCCAGCAACGGGGAGCCCGACGAGGAUGCUUAUGAUAUGAGGAAAGCACUUUCCAGGGACACUGAGAAGAAAUCCAUCAUACCGUUACCUCAUCCUGUGAGACCUGAAGACAUUGAAUAACCAUGGGCAGUGGUUCUUAGGUUGAUGCUCCAGAUAUUUUAUGGACAAUAUUAUUUUCAUUGGAUGGCAUUAGAGUUCUGUUAGAGAAAAGUGCUCAUUUAGAUCUUAAAGACUUCAAGAAAAUGUUUUAAAUUUUACUGUUUCCAGGUAGCAACAUCAUACCUACUGAAGCUGUCCACUGUAAUAAAAUUCAGUCAGAAAGGCAGCUAAGUCAGAUGGAAACAUUCUGUCAGAGUUCAUAAUAUUCACUAUAUGCUAGGGGGAAAAAGGCCCCAAUCUCCUCAUAAAUUCUAUGCCUGAGAACCACUGCUGCAUAUAUAUAUAUAUAUAUAUAUUUUAUUUUGUAUUGAACUAUUGAUUGAAGCUUUAAAACCAUAUAUGAAAUGUUAAAUCUAAGAUGUAUAAUAAAGUGCACUGUUGACUCUA